ACCAUGAAUUGUUUAUAAGCUGGAGAAAACUGCAAAUUUCCCUACUUUCCCAUUUAGUUCUAUGGUAAUAAAUGCAACUAGUGCGAAGUUUAUAGUAUGUUGUCGCGAAAGAGCAAGGAUAAAUCUAUAAAGGAGGGUGUUGUAGGGAAAUACGUGAAGAAAGAUACGCCGCCAGAUAUCCCAAUUAUAAAUGUGUGGACGACGGAGGAGGCGAAAAUAAAGGCGAAGGCGCGCAGGAACAGUCAGCAAUUGAAUGAAACGAAUGUCUCACAGAACUUCGCCGGAAGCAGAGGGCAGCUUCCGAAUGCUGUGUUCGCCAAUGGGAGGAAUUUGGCGGCGAAGCAAUCGACAGGCCUGGGCCACGAGGGGAAGUACACACCCAAUACUCACGUGGUGUCCAAUCUACCUCAGCGAAUGCCAGCCGGAGGGGCGCCGUCGAGUGGGGAUCUGAACAGGAACAAUUUCUCCAGCCUCUAUCAGUUGAUCCAGAGCGAGAACGACCGAAAGGCCUCCACGCAGUCCAUCUUGGGCGCCCUCGGAAAUUAUGCCAUGCAGCAGCAGCCUCAGGCGAUGAGCAGUAGCGAUACUCACGGAAACUACGUCGAGAUAGACGCUAUUGAUCAGCUCCGCCUUCAUCCGGACUACGCACAGAGUCAGCAGCAUCAGCAGCCGGUGUCCAAUUUUUCCCGUGGCUACUCGCUGAAUCAGAGUCACGGACACACGUACGACGGACAGCACAAGCUCUCGUCCAUCCCGAGAUCCUACAACAGCGACGGAUCGCCAAUCUACGAGAAUCAACCGCAACAGUCUGUGAAUAUGAGCGCUGGCGCACGCUCAGAGUCGCCCAUCUACAGCAACACUACGUCCAGCCUCUCUGUCUACUAUCAGGAUCAAAACAAUCCACCAGUGCCUGCGGUAUGUUCCCACCUGCGCUACGGAACGGUUCUACCUCAUCAAUCCAUCUACUCGAACAUACCCACGAACUCGAUUGGAUACUACGGAUCAAGCAUGGCUGUUAUUUCUGCGGACAAUCCACUCUAUUCGAACGUCAGGACGAUCGAUGUGACCAGCGGGAUGACCUACGGAGAGCAAUUCCUGCACAAUAAGCGACAUAACAUUCUGACUCAAGUCUCGUCACAGCAAACGCUCGAGGAUGAGCUUCCAUUGCCUCCUGGCUGGUCUGUUCACAACACGCUGAGAGGAAGGAAAUACUACUUUGAUCACAACGCACAAACUACUCACUGGUCGCAUCCUCUUGAGCGAGAAGGUCUUCCCAUUGGCUGGCAGAGGAUCGAAUCCCCGCAGUACGGGAUCUACUACGUGAAUCACAUCACUCGCCAAGCGCAAUACAAUCAUCCCUGCCUGACCUCGUGCUAUCUCUACACGACUGCAACUGAGGCGCCGAGGGCUGUCAUCCCGGAACCGCAGUUGGCCACUCAUGUCACCCACAGUGCGUUGGUGCCGGCGAAUCCCUAUCUACACGAGGAAAUCCCCGCAUGGCUCAUGGUGUACAUGAAGGCCGAUCCGGCGACGGACCACAAGCUCAAGUGGGACAUGUUUGCUCUGAACAAACUGGAGUGCUUCGACGGGAUGCUGAAUCGCCUGUACAAGCAGGAGCUGCAGAACAUUGUGGCGCGCUACGAGAAGUACCGCCAGGCCCUUGACUUUGAGCUGAGUCGCAGAUGAGCAGCGAUCUCUGGCAAUCUUGAUAUACUCACAGCGAGAAAUUGUGAUAACCAUAAUCCUCUGUACAUCCAAGGAACAUCACCCCAGUCAGCAUGACUCUUACAUUUUAUACACUGCAAGGACGUUUAGAGUUGCACA